AUGCGUUCUGCUCUCGCACAACGGCAAAACUCAGACCCAGAAGUGCAUGGAUCUGGUGAAAAUGGUUGGAAAUGUCUCCCAAACAUUGUCGAUGCAACUAUGUAUCCUGAAUGGGUUGAUAAUGAUAAAGGAGCAUAUCUACCUAUUUAUCAAACCGCAGGUAUCGACACGGCAGAAGUCACGAGAGCAGUCAUUAUUUUGCAGGGCAAGGUGAGUCAUAUUUCUGAAGCACGGACUGUUAUUUCCACUGCUGUACUCGUGCAUCAAAGGGCUUGCUGGUCGGAUUGGAAUACAGCAAAUAACGCACUCUACAAUGCAACCUACAAUGACCCGACUAUCAAGCAUAGCCAAAUAUCAAUCAUGUGCCCAUGCUUCCUUACGAAGGCUGAUCUAAACGCGGGCGCUGCAAAUGAUAGACAGCUCUUAUGGGAAGAAACGACAUGGAUAAGCGGACACCGCAAUGUCGCCCCUGACUCUGUAUGCGGAGUUAACAGUUUCGACGUUCUCGAUGCAUUAGUCGCGUAUUACAUGAACAGAAAUGUUUACCCAAAUCUAAAGGUCCUUGUCAUCGGAGGCCACUCAGCCGGAGGUCAGAUGGCUCAGCGUUACGUGACUUUGAGGAUACCUACUGACAACGACGACAUGUUGCAUUUCUGGGUCGCUAAUCCGGCAUCGCUGUGUUGGCUAACGUCGAAUCGUCCGUUUCCCGACGAUGGCUGCAAAGGCUUCGAUGAUUUCAAGUACGGACUGAAGUCAAAUUUCCCCGCGUAUGCAAGCAAGAGCGCUCGUGCUCUUGGAAGAGAUGAUAUCGUUAAGAGAUACUACAGCCGCACGCUAAAUUAG